UUGUUUAUUGCAGGACCUUUCCUUCUCACCCAUCUGCUUUUGCCAGCUCUUGAAAAAGCACCAAAGGCAAGAAUUAUAUUCGUUGCCUCAGUACUUCACAAGUUGAGCAAACCGCUGGAUCUUAGCACCAUCGAUGAUAAGCUAAAGUUUGGCCUUUUCGAUCCAUACAACCGCAGCAAGCUGGCUAAUGUGAGUUUGUGA